AUAACGAGUCCAGAAUUAUAUCUUUUAGAAAUGAAAGGCCCAACCGAUUCAGUUCCCACAUAAUCCCAGAAAAUUCGUAAUCUUCGUCGUCUCCAAAGCAACGAAGGCACACUCACAUCAAAUGAACCCCAUCAUCUGCAACCCAAUCCCUUAUAACAAACCCCUUCCUCUCCUUUUCCUCAAUUCCUCCCAAUCCCCAUUCUUCAAUUCCCAAAUCAACCCAAAACACUCGUCCUCAAUUUCCUUUAACAAACGAAGAUGGAGGAGGAGCUAUACAGCUGGCGCGAACUCCGAAAUCGACAUGGUGAGAAACAAGCAAGGCAUAUACACGCCGAAACAGAAGAAAGUGGUGAUUUUGUGGGACCUGGACAACAAACCCCCUCGCGGGCCGCCGUACCAGGCGGCCAUGGCGCUGAAACAGGUGGCCCAGCACUUGGGCGAGGUAGUUGACGUGUCGGCCUACGCCAACCGCCACGCCUUCAUCCACUUGCCCAACUGGGUAGUGGAGCAGCGCCGGGAACGGAAGCAAUUAGACAUUCUGGAGCGCAAGGGGAUAGUCACGCCUCCCGAGCCUUACAUUUGCGGAGUCUGCGGCCGGAAGUGUAAGUCGAAUUUGGAUUUGACGAAGCACUUCAAGCAGCUACACGAGCGGGAGCGGCAGAAGAAGCUGAACCGAAUGCGGUCUCUGAAAGGGAAGAAACGGCAGCGUUUCAAGGAGAGGUUUAUUUCGGGGAAUCAUAAGUACAAUGAGGCUGCGAGUACUUUGAUCAAGCCCAAGGUUGGGUAUGGACUGGCGGCUGAGCUGAGAAGAGCUGGGGUUUUUGUGAAGACGGUGGAGGAUAAGCCGCAGGCGGCGGAUUGGGCAUUGAAGAGGCAAAUGCAGCAUUCUAUGAGCCGUGGGAUUGACUGGUUGUUCUUGGUUUCCGACGAUUCGGAUUUUUCGGACAUGUUGAGGAAGGCUAGAGAGUCCACUUUGGGGACUGUGGUGGUGGGGGAUUGGGAUAGAGCUUUGGGGAGGCAUGCGGAUGUGUGGGUGCCGUGGACUGAGGUCGAAAAGGGGGAGAUUUCCGAGAAGGAUUUGGUGCCGAAAAGGAGGACAAGUGAGUUCUCUGACGAGGAUUCCGUGUUUUCGGAUUUGGGAUUUGGUGGUGGGAGUGAAUUGGACAAUGUGGUUGAUGAUCUUGUUGGACUAAGGUCUCAGGGGUCUGGUGGAAUGAGGAUUUCGGCAUUUUCAGAAGGGGAAGUGGAAGAAGGAGAUUGGGAGGAAGACUAUGAGGAAAGUGAGGAUGGGGACUAUUUGUUGGAGGACAGCGAGGAUGAGGAUUCAGAAGAUGAAGAUGGGUUCUUUUGAUAUAGUGAGUUUGAAUUUGUAGUUGUAUCAGGCAUGCCAUUUGAUUCAGCUGUGGCACUGUUUGAUUAGCAAUGCAGCUACAUUGUGAUCAAUGGCAAAGGAUGAAGUUGGUGUUCAAGAAUGUAAAGUGUUCGUAGUUCCUGGUUAAGAAUACAAAGAUAUUUGUGACCACAUUUUCCUUCUCCAUCGUCCACAGUCGAAGGUCCAAACUUCUUUCUUUUAAAUUCCCUUUAGCUUAAUGUGACUACUAACUAACACUUAAAGUUCAUCCCUGGCAACUUCGAUACAACUGUUUGAUCUAGGGUGUAGUCUGUAAUCCAAUACCUAUAUUCUGCUAAACUAGCUACUGAUGUUCACUAUAAGAUUGCAUUGCAUUUCUUGUUUUA